AUGUAUCCCACGGUUGCAAUAUCCUUACGCACUCUUGCUGCCUACCGCCAAAUUCAUCGAAUGUGUCCUCGUUUCAGCAUCCAAGCUCAAUGCAAAGCUCUGUGUUUUCUUCAUGACAUUCCUUAUCGGCCAUACUUGUGCAUGCAAUUUUCGGCUGCAUAUGACAUAUACCUCGAAAUCGCUCACAUUGUCGAUAAGCGUCUCCGGGCAGCCCUGAAUCACGACACGCCUAACUGGCGUUUACUCAAUUCCUGUCCAGCAUGUUUCUAUAAGCUCCAGGAUGAGCCCACACUUGAGUUUGACUGGCUCGUCUCAAUAGAUGGCAACAAUAGCUUGAAACACUGGGAUUCCGCUAUAUAUGGUACAACUGCAUGCAUGGAUUCUCGCAAGGCACGUUCCGACUACUGGAUUGGACCCACGGCUGUAGACCAAUUCAAGGGUGAAGUUAAAGCUCAGGGAGACUCAAGUCUAGAUGAUUGGGGAGAUGAACCCAUCAAGACUAACCCGGGCUCACUCACUUGCGUUAGUCGCUGGCGAAAUGCCGGACCCGAAACACGCAAGAAGAUGUUUUCAGUCUUCCACGAAUCAGGCAUUUUUAUUGCUGCCUGCCGUCAUCGUUUCGUACUCCUGGCCUGCGACAUGAUCCAAAGCGGAGAACUAGCUAAAUAUCCCCUCGCGCUCAUCGAUAAGCUUCUUACGGUUUACGGGAAGAAUGGAGCUUGCGCUUACGACAUCGGCUGCGCGUUCUCCAAGACCUUAACGAAUAGCUCCUUAGGCCCGCGAGCAUUAGACUUGAAUUUUCGGAUGAUGGUUGGCGCGUUUCACGGCCAUGCACACAACCGCAAAUGCCAGUUGGUCUGGCAUCCAACAUAUAUUUUGGGCACUGGACACAGUGAGGGUGAAGGGUGCGAGCACAUAUUUUCCGCCUCAAAUGAGCUCGCUCGUAGCACUAGACAUGCAAGCCCGUUCCACCGGCACCAAACUAUCGAAGAACACUUUGCUUUUUGGGACGCUGACAAGUAUGCUGUGCUUUCCAAUUUUUUAUCAAAUCAUUACCGAGAAGCCACCAAACAGAUCAGUGUGCUCACGGCUGAACUAGCCAUCAUUCAAUCUGAGCUUGGUCUUACUGAUGCCGACUUCCCUCGCUUCCUCAAGGAAGAACAUGAUUAUCUUGACGGUUUGAAGCAGCCACCUGAAAAAGAUCGCCUCUCUGUUCAGUACGUUGAGCAUGCCGAGGCAUUGGUUGCGCACGUAGAAGCUCUCUUGGCUGUUGAUGCACGAUGGGAGAUUGGCGGCCAGGAGUAUAACCAUUUUAAGGAGGAAGUAUCUCUCAGCAAGUAUCGCAGUGUGCUAGAUGACCUGGAGCGUCUGGUUGUUAUGAGGUUAUUUGAACUUUCGAAGUUGUCAUUGUCCGGCACAGGGUAUAAACUACGUCAACAACUCGGCAAAGCGCUACAACGGCGAUCAGAAGCUAUUCGGAAUGCCAUAAACCGCUACAAUGUCCAAGCUGUCGCUUUAAAUCCACCGCGACAGAAGGUAUCUUGGAAAGACAUCGCUGACUACAGUUUCCUUGGCGAAUUCGAUCUGCUGCACCAUUCUCGUACUGAUAUUCGAAAUAGUGACUGGGCAACACCUGCUCAUCGAGAGGCGACCACCAAAUAUUUCAAGCUUUGUCGAGCUCGCGAAGAAAUUACUCGGCUCAACGUCGAAGUUCGCCGUCUGCGUACGGCAAUUCAUGAUGAAGAACUCCAUACCUCUACUGUCAUACAGGAUCUUCAUGUUUCGAACCCACAGUUGGGGAAUGAGCUUCGACGCCAGUGGCGUUCACGUAUGGCCAUCAAUGUUAUUCAUUCUUUUCACCUAGAUCGCAUUCCUGGAUUUUCAGGAACGAGAGGUGUUGGUGUCCGCCUUAAUCAGUUCACAUCGUCUAGCAAUGAUAAUGCAGAUUCAGCCCGUCCUACCUGUCCUGGUACGUUUUGUGCAAGUGUUCGUUAUUUGAUGUUUUGA